ACUCCGUGCAAGCUCUACUUAAAACACCGUUUCAUCGACUAUCAGAUGUCGAAAAGAAGAAAUUGAAAGACUUGGGACCCGAGCGUCCGGAUUUAAACAUUCAACAGACGACCACUGAUCGCGGGAGAACCUACACUCGGACUUUCUCCUCAAACUUGUAUGCUAAGCGGAAUUGGUUAGCUGGUUGUACAGUGAGCAAUGCCUUUUUUUGUUUCCCUUGUCUGUUAUUUCAAAGUCCUGGGACUGAAACACUUUGGACUACAACCGGGAUGAAGGAUCUAAAGCACUUCACACAAAAAUGUAAGAAGCACGAAUGUGGCCGCAGCCACCUAACCAACUGUCUUAAGCUAAACCUCUUUGGAAGACUGAGCAUUGCCGAGCAGCUGGAUGAAGGAUACCGAAUUGGCAUUCGGAAACAUAAUGAAGAGGUGAGAAAAAACCGACACAUCCUCUCCAGAAUAAUAGACUGUGUGAAGUUCUGUGGUGCCUUUGAGUUGGCCCUUCGUGGCCAUGACGAGAGCGAAAACCCGGAGAACCCAGGGAUUUUUCGUGGCUUGGUGGACGUCGUUGCAUCACUGGACGGUGUACUGAAAGAGCAUCUGGAGAGCGCAACUGUCUUUAAGGGAACAUCCAAAACAGUCCAGAAUGAACUUCUUGACUGUAUGCUGUCUGUUGUGAGGGAAAAGAUCAUCAGUGAAGUUCAAAGCAGCGAUUUUCUAUCGAUCCAAGCAGAUGAAACCACGGACAUUAGCACACAAGCCCAACUUGUGCUUGUGCUUCGCUACAUCAACGAUAAGAAUCUGGUGGAAAGAUUCUUUGAGUUCAUCCCUCUGCAGUCGGCUACAGCAGAGACCAUUGCCGAUGCUUUAAAAGAACGCCUUGCUGCCAUCCUCCCAGGUGAGCAGAAAAGUAAACUCAUCUGCCAGGCAUAUGACGGUGCUAGUGUAAUGAGGGGUGCCACUUCAGGAGUUCAGAAGAGAAUCCGGGAUGACUACCCAACAGCCCACUAUAUCCACUGCUAUGCCCAUCAGCUCAAUCUUAUCAUGCAACAGGCUACCUCCCACGUAGUCAAAGUCAAAAACUUUUUUUCCGACCUGGGUGGAUUUUCUGCGUUUUUUUCAAGAUCCCCCAAGCGGACCAGUGUGCUUGAUGAGGUAGUGGCCCAUAGACUACCAACAGCCAGCACUGUGAGAUGGAACUUUCACAGCCGUGCCGUCAAUACUGUGUUUGAGCAAAGAGAACACCUCGUUGAAUGCUUUGAAAGAAUUCGAGCAUCAGGUGGCUUUGAUGACAAGACCAGCCAAGAAGCAGGAGGCUACAUCAGGCUACUGGAGGAUCCUCAGUUCAACUUCUUCCUGCAACUGUUUCAUAAAAUAAUGCCACACGUGGACGUCCUCUAUGCCAAGCUCCAGAAGAGAGACAUAGAUUCAGUCCAUAUAGAAAGAUGCAUCCAGCAGUUCCAAGAGGACAUACAAAAAAUCAGAGAUUCUCUCCAUGCAAUGGUGGUGGAGCAAAGCAGUGGCUCUCAGCAGCCGAGGAAGCGCCGGGCUGUGUCGGAAGAUGAGCUUAGAAGGAUUGCUGCUGAGGUGAGUGUCAAAAUCAGCAGAUGCCUGUGUUACAGUUAAAUCCAUGCAAAUAGGUUUGAUAUACAGUAUAUUUGAGUUAAUAACAUGGCUGGAGUUCAAUAUUUAGAGACUGAAAUACUGAGUUCUUUGGUGG